UGAUAAUGAUCAUCACUGGCCUGGGAGCCGAACAAAGAAGCAUGUGAAACGGAUAUGACAUCAAUCCAAUUCCCUUGACGUCACGGGAAAAUGGCUGAACAAGAAUAAGGAUUAAAAGAUUUAUGAUGACAACACUUGUUCAUGCCGAGCUCCUGCUGGAGCAGCUUAAAAAGCAAAGAGAACGGGGAUUUCUUUGCGACUGCACCGUUGUCAUUGGUCCGUCGCGGUAUCAAGCUCACCGGAAUGUACUUGCAGCCUUCAGUGAGUUCUUCGCUUCUCGAAGUGCGCUUGAAGGUGAAGGCGGCGGCGGCACAACUAUAACGUUAGACCCAGAAUGGGUGACCGAGGCAACGUGUCAGAGACUUUUGAACUUUGUAUACACUGGAAAUCUAAAUAUUGAAAGCAAUGAUGACAUUUCAGACAUACGCAAAGCAGCCUCUUUCUUGGGAAUGCAAGAAGUGCUGAACCAGUGUGAUCGGCUCUGCCAGAUGGAUGAGAAACCUAGUUUGGAGGCAAUCAUUCAGGCCUGCAAUGCAGUGGCAGCGGCAGAGGCGGCAGCAGAAGCUAUGGCAGAGUGUUCUGCUCCCAGCCCGGAACCAGUUGAAAUGCUUCCACCUUUACUUGAAGUGGAGGAGAGUGAGGAACAGGAGAGCACAGAGCAGAGUGAGUCCCAGGAAAGACAGUCACCCACCCCAGCCACAAGCGAAUCAUCCCCACCCAAAGAGCAGGCAGCAUUAACGGGCAAGAAGAGGGGCAGGAAGCCGAAGCCAAAACCCAAACCCAGCGUUGAGACCCCUGCGGUAGAGGAGAGCAGUUCCCCCAAAGGAGUGGGACGUGGCAGAGGGCGACCGAGUGGACGAGGAAGAGGAAGAGGACGUCCUCCAAAGAAAGUGACGGCCGAGCCAGCGACCGAAGUACCUGAGAAGGUCGCUGUAGAACCAACAAAUGAAAUUCCUGAAAAGGAGACGGCGGAGAUAGCAGAACCCGCAAGCAACGCGCCUGCUGUUGAAGCUGAACCGAGCAAUGAAAUGCCUGUUGAUGAACAAGAAACUGAGCAACAAGGGGAACCCACCAGCAGCAUGGACGAUUGUGAAUUCGAGGUAAGGAAGAGCAACCGCAAGAGGGUCCCCAGCAAAAAGCUGAAGGAGAGCUCUGACUAUGCCGCUGUGAUGAAAGUGGAGGUCGGAGAGUGCGAGGAAGAGGAAGAGGCGCAGGGUGACGAGGAGGAUAUGGAGGGGAUGGUGGGGAUUGAGGGGAUAGAGGGAAUAGAUAUCCUCUUAGGAGGUGGCACUCGGCAGCUGGGCAAGAACCGGCCAAUCUGCAGCACGUGUGGCAAGGAGUUCUCGGAGUUGAGCAGCCUGCGCAGGCACAUGCGCAUCCACAAGGGCCUGAAGCCCUAUGAGUGUCAGCUGUGUAACCGCACCUUCAGACAAGGGAACCAGCUGAAGACACACAUGCGCAUUCACACAGGAGAGAAGCCAUUCAAGUGUGACAAAUGCGACAAGUCUUUUGCUCAGAAGUGCCAGUUGGUCUUCCACUGCCGCAUGCACCACGGCGAGGAAAAGCCUUACCAGUGCAACGACUGUGGUCUACAGUUUGCAACGUCCAGCAACCUCAAAAUUCACUGCAGGAAGCACAGUGGUGAGAAGCCAUACAACUGUGAGUUGUGUGGAAAGUGCUUUGCCCAGGCCAGCACGCUGACCUAUCACAUGCGGCGGCACACGGGUGAAAAGCCGUACGUCUGUGACACAUGUGGUCGGGCUUUCGCUGUCUCCAGCUCCCUCAUAACCCAUUCGCGGAAACAUGCAAAGGAGAGGCUUAAAAAAGCAGAGGAGGAAGCUACAUCCAACGCCCCCUACUUGUGCCUGGUGUGUGGCAAGAGAUUCUUUACUACUGGAGAACUGAGGAAACACAUGGACAGUCAUGGUUAUAAACGGGUGAAAUGUGAUCUCUGUGGACAAAUGUUUGCUGACGCAAGUGGCAUGAAGAGGCACAAAGAGAAGAAACACGGUGCUGCAGUUGAAAUUGAAGAGACCCUGACCACUGCAGCCGUUCCUCUCAACAUCCCCAUUGACCACCAGGGGCUGAUUGCCCGCAUGUGCGCAUCUCCGCUCAACCCCACUGGAGUAACGUUUGAGCAGCUGGAAAUCCCAGCAGACACAGCCGCAUCCAUGGAAACAACGCAGAUCGUCAUCGUCCACACAAUUGAGGCAGAAUAAACGGGACCUAGAGCCACUACUUGUGAAGAGCAUAAUUUAAUUACAGUGUUGGAAGUAGUUUGGUGCCAAUGGCUUGGCAUUAAAUGCAGAACAAUGGCAUUUCUGUCCAGAAUUUGAAUUGAUGAAUUGCAACCUCAUACAUUUUUUUUUAAUUGUUUAGCUUUGCCAUUUAUGUUAGUGGAUUGUGUGUGUUUUAUUUUUUAAGGAAGAACAUUUGUGAAUCUUUGUGGUCAUACAAAAGUAGAAGACUACCCCCUUCCCUUUUGUCAAUUCUGAAUGGAUGGGAUGCAUGGAGUAUAUUUUACAUUUAACACAAUUAAAUAUGUUAAUUUAACAUAUAAUUCAAAUUCACUCUUUUUUGACAGUGAUUGAGAGUUAGAAGUUAAGGGUUGUUAUUUUUCUUAUUGAACCAAAUCUGUACAGUCAGCAAUAUUUCCAUACCACCAGUUGUGGUUGGUCAGUCAGUCAGUCAACACU